CCAGUCCGGUUGCUUCGCUUCGCCGGAGGAGGGGGAGAUGGAGGAGGAGGAAGCGGCGCCGGAGUGUACGGACGCCAUGGGGAGCGAGGCGGCGGCGGGGGAUGUGGCUGAGACUGAGGAGGUGGUGGUGGCGUCGGAGGCGGAGUAUUCGUGGCCUCAGCUCCGGUUCGACCUCCCGCCCCGCCGCCUCUACCACUUCGCUGGCCAGUUCCGCUCCGCCGCCGCCGCCGCCUCCGCCUCCGCGGGCAACUUCCUCAAGGGCGUGAAGUGGUCGCCUGACGGGUCCUCCUUCCUCACCAGCUGCGACGACAACUCCCUCCGCCUCUUCUACCUGCCGGAGGAAGCGUACAGUACCGAGGCCGAGCACCCUGCUGAGGCCGCUGUUGGAGGUGAAGAUUCCUAUGGUGCAAGCAUCCAAGUGAACGAGGGUGAGCCUGUAUAUGACUUCUGCUGGUACCCCUACAUGUCUGUAUCUGAUCCUGCUACGUGUGUAUUUGCGACGACCAGUCGUGAUCAUCCAAUACACCUCUGGGACGCUACCACUGGGGAGCUUCGGUGUACUUACAGAGCGUAUGAUGCCAUGGACGAGAUAACGGCUGCACUUUCUAUAUCCUUCAAUUCUACUGGUACUAAGCUCUUUGCUGGGUACAACAAAGCAAUUAGAGUGUUUGAUGUUCACCGCCCUGGUAGAGAUUUUGAGCAGCAUUCUUUGCUUAAAGGAUGUGAAGGGCCGACUGGUAUAAUAUCUUCAAUUUCAUUCUCUCCUCACAACGGGAUGCUUGCUGUUGGUUCAUACAGCCAGACAACAGCUGUGUAUGCGGAGAGUAACAUGGAGCCUUUAUAUGUUUUACAUGGCCAGCUUGGUGGUGUCACACAGGUACUCUUUUCAAAAGAUGGAAACUAUUUGUAUACUGGAGGGCGCAAGGAUCCAUACAUACUAUGUUGGGAUAUCCGCAACACUGUGGACAUUGUUUACAAGCUGUACAGGUCGUCUGAUACUACUAAUCAAAGGAUACAUUUUGAUAUUGAGCCUUGUGGCAGGCAUCUUGCCACUGGCGGGCAGGAUGGCAUGGUACACAUUUAUGACCUCCAAGGUGGUCAGUGGGUAACAGCCUUCCAAGCAGCAGCUGAUACCGUAAAUGGGUUCGCGUUUCAUCCAUACCUUCCUUUGGCUACAACAUCUUCUGGGCACAGAAGAUUUGGCAUGGAGGAUGAAAUUGAAGAAGAGCUGAGCUUGGCUGGUGAUGAGAACUGCUGCUCGGUCUGGAAAUUUUCUUCCUUGCAAGAAGCUUGAAAGUUGAAACUACAUCAAGGCCUGGAUAAGCGAAAAUUUUGGAUCAUAGAUGUUGAAAUUGUUGCAAUCAGUUUGCAGAUGGUGAUACCAACACUUGAGGCAGUACAUCAAGCCAUGACUAUAAAAGCAGUCACCAAAGAUCACCCUGUGCCAAGGAGAAGCUAGUGUCGUGUGCAUGGUUUCAUUGUCAAAUGGUUGCUCCAACUGUUGCACAUCGUAUUGGUAACAACUGAUGUAGGCUGAAGCUAGUAAAGCAUAAUGUAUUCAUCGACAGCUACAAUUUGUCCCCUUUUGUACUGAUCCAACUCAAAUGCUUUAACAAUGUCGGAUGACAUGGAAUGAUGGCAAAGAUGCACUUUGACCCGUUUAUAAGAAUAGAAUUUAUCUUGCCUAGCA